AUUUUUUCACACACACUUCCACAGCCAGACCGUUUUCCUGUCCUCCCUGCUCCCUCCAGUCUCUUUUAUCAUCAGUGAGGGCUGUGUGAUGUUGCUGUGACAUUUCCAGGACUGUGUGUGUGACCUUUAAACCUGACACACAUCACAGUGGCUUUGAAGUGGCCUCAACAGUAACCUACAAAGAGGGGGAGACCAGAUGCCACUCUGACAGAAAUUGGGACCUCGGUAGGACUUGGUCCACAUAGCCUCGUGUUAGAGUAUAACAGUAACUUCUCCAUUAUUAUUGCAAAUCUAAAUCCAUAUUUGGAGGUGGAACAGGUUUUUGUGAUCUGCAAGUUUGACAUUUUCAACUCUUUCAACAAUUGCAUUCAUUUAUUUUCUCUCUCUCACGUUGGAGUGGAAGGAAGGGGAGUUUCAGCUUGCUGUCUGGAACUAAAAGUGGGAGUGUGUGGGUGUCUCUCUGGAGGAGGGAAUGUCAGGGAAGGUGUGCAGCAGUAACAGUGUGGUGCAGGCACGGCGGACUGUGGAACAACUACGAGUGGAGGCAAGCAUGGAGAGGAUCAAGAUCUCCACAGCAGCUGCCCAGCUGGUGCAGUACUGUCAGGAGCACAGUCGCUGUGACCCCCUCCUCACCGGCAUCUCUGCCUCCUCCAACCCCUUCAAAGACAAGAAGACCUGUGUCCUGCUGUAGAAAGGCUGCCUCAGGACACUGCUCUGGUGCUGCAUUCAACAGUGCUUCAUCAUCAACAACAGUGAAACGUUUUGAAGCCAGGCUACUUCAACAUGUCCUACUUCAUCAUGUCAGACAUUAAUGUGUUAGCUAAAGCAAAAACAGACUGGUUGGUACAGUAAUGGUCAUACUGUCAUUUCAACAAAUGGC